AAAUGUCCCGGUGAUGAAGGGUAGCUGUCAUGACGGAGUCGGUGAUGAAACUCCAGAGAGUGCAGCUGAAAUGCAAGAACCUUCACGAAUACCUGCGAGGUCUCAGCCCUGGGAUUUUGGAUCGGCUGUAUAAUCAUCCUGCCACUUGUCUUGCUGUCCUUCGGGAACUGCCUGGGUUAGCCAAAAAUUAUGUCAUGCGGAUGCUUUUUCUGGAACAGCCUCUUCGCCAGGCAGCCGUGGCCCUGUGGGUGAAGAAGGAAUAUGUCAAGGAACAAGAGGAGAGCUCGGAUAUCCUGCUGGGACUGCGCCUUUGGCACACCCAGCUGCUUCCAGGGGGCCUCGAAGGGAUCGUCUUGAACCCCAUCUUCAAGGAAAAUCUACGCAUCGCUCUCUUGGGAGGAGGUAAAGCCUGGUCUGAUGAUACUAGCCAACUGGGCCCAGAUAAGCACGCCCGAGAUGUCCCAUCUUUGGAUAAGUAUGCAGAAGAAAGGUGGGAGGUCAUCCUGCAUUUCAUGGUAGGCUCUCCUAGUGCAGCGGUGAGUCAGGACCUGGCUCAGCUGCUGAUUGAAGCUGGCCUGAUGAAGAGUAGUGAGCCUGGGGAACCUCCCUGCAUCACAUCCUCUGGCUUCCAGUUCCUGUUGCUAGAUACUUCAUCGCAGCUGUGGUACUUCAUGCUCCAGUAUCUCCAGUCAGCAGAGACCAGGGGCAUGGACUUGGUGGAGAUUCUUUCCUUUCUCUUUCAGCUCAGCUUCUCCACACUUGGCAAGGAUUAUUCUGUGGAAGGAAUGAGUGAUUCUCUUCUGAAUUUCCUUCAGCAUCUCCGGGAAUUUGGCCUGGUGUUUCAAAGAAAGAGAAAAUCCAGGCGUUACUAUCCCACCCGCUUAGCUAUUAAUCUUUCCUCCGGCAUCUCAGGUACCACCGUGGAUACCCAUAAUCAAGGCUUCAUUGUGGUGGAGACAAACUACAGGAUCUAUGCAUACACAGAUUCAGAAUUACAGAUUGCACUAAUUGCCCUCUUCUCUGAGAUGUUGUAUCGCUUCCCUAACUUGGUGGUGGCUCAAGUCACCCGAGAGAGCACACAGCAGGCCAUUGCCAAUGGCAUCACGGCCGAUCAGAUCAUUCAUUUCCUACGGACAAGAGCUCAUGCUGUGAUGCUAAAACAGGUGAGGAAAUGACCACAGGAGAUAAAGGACCCAAUGGAUUACGACGUCAAAGAAAAAUGUCGCUCUUUGCGCUUUGGAGAAGGUGUCCUAUACAACCAGUUCUUAUCCCAGGUGGACUUUGAGCUGCUCCGUAACCAUGCCAAGGAACUUGGGGUCCUCGUUUUUGAGAACCCAGCCAAGCGUCUCAUGGUGGUGACUCCCGCCGGCCAUUCAGAUGUCAAACGCUUCUGGAAGCGUCAGAAACACAGUUCCUGAAGACAUGGCUUGCACUCCACGUUCUUCUGAAUAAGUUUGUUGGGAAGUGGACCAAACAAAAAGGCGGGAAUAUCUCUCCUCCCAUUACUUUGAAAUGGAUACAAGAUACAGAGAGAAGGAAAACAGGGAUGCCUGCCUUAUUAUCCCUUUGGCAGCCAAAAAGAGAUAGGGAACUUAACAAAAAGGAACAACAAGAAAAAAAAGUUCAUUGGUUCAGUUUAAGUGUCACCUUUCAUCAACUCUCUCUGGCAGGAGUGACACCCUAACUGGGAUAACACUGGCACGAAAUAGGGUAGAAGUCCAAUAAAAUGCUUUGGGAAAAUAGAAAAA